AUGGGUGAUGAGUCACUUGAUGCUGCUUGCCGGGGUAAAGAAGACAUAGCCCCACCGUCCACUCGUGUGCUACGUUGUCUACGUCUGGAUGGCCCGUUGAACGCCAACCCGGGCACAUGCCCACCACCACCCGCGUCCACGAGCUACGUGAAUUGGGGUGCCGGUGCUGGGACGCAUCACACACAGCCCGGCGAGAAUGAGGCAAGCGAUCAAGUGACGACCACAUUUCACGCUGCCCACGUUCGCCCACACAGCCCAAAAGGGGAUGCGGCCAGGGAGAUUCGUCGCAAGAAAUCCGAUCGACAGAAGAGUGCGAUCAAUGUGGACGAAGUGCUCCGUUCUGUUGGCGGCAUACGUAAUUCGUUCCAACCGGUUUUUUUUGUUCAUUACAUCUGCCGAUUUACGAUUUUGAUGGUUAAAGAUUACUUGGUUCGAUUGGAUACGGUCUACUUCCAUGAAGGUGGACAUCUGCAGCGGAUUAGGGAACUCGAUGUGGACAUAGAUAUACAAAAACUGGGCGGCGGCAACAGUGUUGAUGUUGCUGCUGGUGAGGUCUAA